UGUUUUAUUAAUUUUUUUAAAGAUAAAUGUUGGGGAACUAGUCGGAAAAAUGGCUACACCUUUUGUCACAGCUUAUGGGUAUAAAAGGGUGCGCAUGUUAGAUUAUGGGCAUAAUUGAGUUAACGUUCUCAAGAAUCAAACAAAAUAAUCAUGAAGGUCAUCAUUCUUUUUGCUCUUUUUGCUGCUUCACAAGCCGCUGUUCUUCUUGGAGGAGCAAGUGAACAGUUCAGAACUGAGGAUGGUGUAGGUAAUUACGCUUUCGGUUACAAUGAGGGCCAUGGAUCUGGGGCUACUUUCCGAAGAGAAACUGGAUCUCCAGGCGUUGUUUCUGGAUCCUACGGACUCUCUGAUGCUGAUGGUCGUCGACGAGUUGUCAACUACGUAGCUGAUGCCGCUGGAUUCCGAGCUAACAUCAAUACUAACGAGCCAGGUGUUGAACCAAAGGAUCCAGCUAACACCCUCAUCAACAAAGCUGGAGUGAUUGCAGCCCCAGCUGUUGCCCAUUAUGCUGCUCCAGCUCUUCACCAUGCUCAUCCAGCACCUGCUGCUCCUCUUGCACAUUAUGCUGCUCCAGGUUUGCAUCAUGCUCCUUCAGCUCUCCAUUAUGCCGGACAUCCAGCUGGAGCUUUUGCUUACAACAGUGUAGUUGGACAUCAUGGUUACGCUCAUCCAGGACAUUACGGAUAUUUCUAUUAAAUUAUAAGGAAUUAUAUUUCGGAACAAAGAACUCUCUUUUUUUAUGUUGUGCCAUAGGGUGAGGUUGCGGUAGCCUUAUCUGCUCAAAGUGAUGCCGUGCUUAUACGUUUGUAUGUGAUGAAAAUAAAAUGUCUAUUUACAGUUA